AUGAAUAUGAAAGCUAGAAAAUACAGAAACAUGGCGAAAAGUGGACAUAUUUGGCAGUUUGUUUGAGGUGUCCGAUCCGAAAUGAGCUGUGUAAACACAAAAUGUUGAUAUAUAUCGAUUUAUUUUAAAAGUUGAAUUGACGUAUUUCUGUAAAAAAUAAACUUUAAUCUCAUAAAACAACUUUUUUUUUCAGCUGUUGCUGAUCCAUGCACUGCUCCGCCGCGGAACCCCGGCAUUGGGGAAUUCAGAGCGACUCGAUGGGCUUUCGAUGGAAACACACGGAAAUGUGUUCCUUUUGAGUACAAGGGAAUGAAAGGUUAAUUUUUUUUAAUUUGAAGCAAGAGAGAGACAUUUUGAAAAAAUAAGAAAAAAUGGCUUCUGAAAAUGUUAACUUAACGUGUGACUUUUGAUUGUGCGCUCUAAUGAUUGAUCUUCUGAUAAUAACUCCUGUUUAUUUUUAUAAAAAUUUUAUUUCCAUUUUACAGCUCAGAAAUAAUAAAUAAAAAGGAAGUUGGAAUGUAGAGCAAUAACUGUGGGAAAGAUUGAAUGAUCAAAUUUGCCCAAAUCUUCUUUUCUUUUCAGGAAACUCAAACAACUUUAUUUCUCGAGAAGCUUGUGAGACAAAAUGUCCAGGUAUUCUGUACCUCCUUUUAGUGAGAAAUAAUAAUCAAAAAUGUUUAGUCUUCGAAAAUCCUUGCAAGAUUGGAGAGCCAUAUUCUGUUGCCAAUCAAUACCAGCAAUGCUCCCCGAAACAGGUUUCCGUUUAUUCUCACAAUCAAACUUGUAUUUUCGAAAAUUGAAGGUCUGUCCGGCUGGUCACUACUGUCAUAUUGGAAUUGAGGCCAACUACUGCUGCAAGGCUCUCGGUAAAAAUUCUUUUGUUUUUGCAGGAAGUUUUCAGAGUUUUUAUGUUGGCUGUUGGUUGGUGUAAGUGGCUUGUGCGUGUGUGGUUUUGAUCCCAGAUUUUUGCUUUCGCGUUUUUGUUUUAUAUACAAACAAUUUUUUUUUCUUUUUUAUAUUUAAAGUUGAUAAUUUUGAUAGUUCGCACAAGAUGGCUAGCGACAUUGCAAAAGGACUUUAUCAUUUCAACCAUUUUAUGCUUUCGUGCGAAAUAUUCCAGCUAUAGUCUGUUCAGAUUUUAAAUGUCAAGUCGUCGCUCAAGCUCCGCCCAUAAUGGUGCGAUAAACCAGUCAGAGAGCGAGCCAUCCACAGAGCGUUUUCGAAUGACGUCAUUGUACUUGACAUUCAAAAUCUGAACAGACUAUAGAUCACAGUGAAACUUUGCCAGAAAAAGAUCUUGAAUUUCAAAAUAGUUUUUUUAUUAGGUAAAGCUCAAUGAAGUCGCGUUUGGAACAGAUUUUUUCAAAUUCAUUCAUACCAGAUAUAGUAAUAAGCUGUUUAAAAAUAAUCUAUUUUUUUGAAAUAAGUUUAUUAUUUUUUUCCAAAAAAAUAAAAAAUAAGAAUUAGGGUGGAUCAGUUAUCAGAAUAGAUAAUAAUUCUUUCACUAGGAACAUUUUUCAUUAAUGAAUUAAUAACUAUUAUCCAAAAUGCGAACCUGUUCUUUCGAAUUUUGAUUACAAAUUCGCUCUUUUUUUAUAAUUUAACCAUCCCUUGUGUGUUCAACCUGUGUGUGUAGCUUGAACUUAUUCAUCCGUCCAGUUCAUUUCUGUAUACGUUUUAUGUUUCUUCUCACAAUUUUCAAUUCGAAUCAAUAACUAUCAGGCGGAGAUCCGUGUGGACAGCCUCUCGACCGAGGAACCGGCGGAGCUCAACUCCAGCGUUGGUAUUGGAACCAACAAUCGCAGUGCUGCCUGCCUUUCAGGUUCUUUUCCGCGCCAAACUGAACCUAAAGUUGGAAAUGAUUGCAGUUAUUGUGGACAGAAGGGUACUCAGAACAACUUCCUCAGCAAGCAAGAUUGCGAUCGAACUUGUUACGGUAAUCAAUUUUCAUUAUUGUUUUGAAGAAAUCGGUUUUCAAAACUUAAUAGACCUGGAAAGGAUGAUAAUCUGAAUUUCCAAAAAAAAAAAAAACAAGAAUGACGCUUCAAUUUUUUCUUCCCAACCUUUUUGAGCUCAUGUGAUGAGCUGUAACGUCGAGUUGACGUUUUGGUUCUUUUUUGAAUUUCUUCAAAAGCUCUUUCCUAGGAAUUAGAAUAAAAGUUUAAAGUUUGAAAAAAAAAACUAUGAAAAUUACAUAGUCUCCGCAUUUUUUCUCAUUUUGCUGUUCCCAUUCAUUUUGUGUUCACAAAUUUUACCUGAUGUCAGAACAACCAAGUUCUGCAGUUGAAUUUUUUCCAAGCUUUACUUUUUUUUCGUUCCUUACCUCCAAACCGACUCUUCCCUACAGAAUUGGAUAACCCAUGUGCCCUUGGCGAGCCGCAGAUGACCCAACAGAACCGACCCGUUCAAUGCUCCGUCGACCCCAACUCGUGCUCCGCCAACUUCUGGUGUCACUACGGGGCCUCUCUUGAUACGACUGUGUGUUGUCCUGGACGAGGUGCAAAAAUGUCCGGAGGACGAUAAAUAACAGCCGCCGAAAGAUAAAAAUUGAGCCAAACAGUAAAUACAGCAUUGUUUCGGCUAACUUUCAGAAAAAUCUAAUGUUUUGAAUGAAAUUUCCUUUCUUUUGAGCUGAAAAUAUCGAAAAGGACUGCUCACUUGAACUGUUUUAGAAGAAACUUCGGCGGUUCUUAUCUGUCCUAAUUCCCAUUCCGUUCCUGUCCACCUCUCCAGUCCCAUCCUUUCAGUCGAACCUCCGUCGACUUGUCAGCAGCCCCUGGUCGUCGGCUCCGGCGGCGCUUCCCUCCCUCGUUGGUAUUACGACGCCGCCAACAUGCGAUGUGUCCAGUUCAACUACCAGGGCCGCAUGGGAAAUCAGAACAACUUCCUCACUCAGGAGGCUUGCGAACAGACCUGUCCUGGUCAGUUUCACUCCCAAAACAAAAAUAAAGUUUGUAAAUUUACCACGCCAAUGUUCUGAACCGUUAAAAACUUGACUACUGGAAAUUUCUCUAUUUCAAACUUUAAUUCUCAUAGUCCGAAAAUUUCGAUAUACAGGAUCAGACAAAAAUGUUUUGAAAUAUUAUUAAUAUAAAUAAAAUAUUAUAAAAAAAUGUUAACCUAUUUUAAAAAUUUUUUUCAGUGCAUUUAAAUCCAGAACUUACUAGGGGAGUCAAAAAAACAAAAUGGCUUUGACCGUUACUGAUUUUCUUUUCUAAAUUUCUUUUUCAGAAAAUUUUCAGCGUACAUUUCCCGUUCAUAAUUGCCUACUACAUUUUAUAAAUUUACCUAUUUUCCAAUUUGAAAAAGAACAAAAAUGCCAAAAAAGGUAUUAAUUUAGCCCUUUGAUAACGUACAAGUUUCCAACAACAAAAAACCGAACUUAAGCUUUAAAUUUCUCAUCAUCAUUGAACAACAUGCAUUGCACGCGGUAAUAUCCAUCCUCUCCCAACGAAUCAAUAAAAUCAAUUUUUAAAAUCUUCCCCAAAACCACCUCGACCUACAGUUUACGUGAACGUCUGCCCAACGGGCUCACCGCAACUCGACUCCACGAAUCGACCGGUGCCAUGUACCUUCGGCUCAAACUCGUGCGGCGCCGACCACUGGUGCCACCUCGGACUCGUUCCCGACGAGUACCAGUGCUGCCCUGGAACUCCGACCAACCCGGGAGCUUGUCAGGGACUUCCGUCGGUCGAUGGAGAACUCGGCGCUCCAGCUCCAGCCGCCACGAGAUAUUACUACGAUCCUUCGGACAUGCAGUGCAAGCAGUUCAUCUACAACGGUCGCAAGGGAAAUCAAAACAAUUUCCUGACCAAGGACGACUGCGAGGCAACUUGCGACGGUAAAUCGUGUUCGCAACCGUUUGCCUGUGCUUGUUUUAUUUUUACUGGCAUGCCAUUUUUUCUCGCUUCUCCUAUUUUUGCUGUGCUUCUGAACCUAUCACAGAAAUUCGAUGAAGGAUCUUUCCCUGGAGAUAAACACUCGAAGUUGUAUCUUUUUGAAAAUGAGUGUUAUUUUAUAUCUUAGAAAAUAAUCAGGUCUCUCCGAAUUCUUAUUUAUCAAGAACAGACUUUUACAAGCCUUUUAUGGGGGAGAUGUGAGAAUAGUCGAAAACCACGCGUCUCAUCUCGAAUAAAAUUUCUGAAGAGUUCGCGAUAGUUACUUAAUUUCAUUAAUAGAUGUAAAAGUGUAUUUUACUUCAAAAUUCUUAUUUUUUAUCUUCAGCUAGCUUUGUUGACGACUGCACUGUUUUCCUAAGUUUUUCAUAUUUUCCUUUUCAGCUAUCUUACAGAUUUCUGCUUUGUCUUUUUCUCAUUUCAAUAGCUUCUGACUAGGAAAGUCGAACUUCUAAGCUGACUAUUUUUACGUUUUUUUUUCUACUUUUUUCUUUCUGUUACUUCUUCAAACUUCUCAAACACUGAUCGAAACCCCGACGUUUUCAGUCUUCACGAACCCUUGCAACCAGCCGAUCUCCCUCCCAGCGACCAUGUGCUCGGCCAACGCCGACACCUGCGGCGCCAACUUCUGGUGUCACAUAGGAGCCUCCGCCGACACGACCGUUUGCUGUCCCAGCGGUUUGGAGACGUCGAGACCUCCCCUUAGCCAACGCUAGAGACGAUUCAGAAGGCGACCCGUGUAUGCUUCCCUUGGCCCAGGGAACCGGCAACCAGUACAUGGACCGAUUCUACUACAAUCAGCAGACUUCCACUUGCCAGCCGUUUGUCUAUUCCGGUCUUCAUGGAAAUCAGAACAACUUCCUUACUCAACAGGUGUGUCGGAACAGAUGAACGAUUUUUCUAAAAAAAAAAUUUUUUUUUCAGAAAAAAAUGUCAUAAGACUGCCCAAAAGCAGUAGCAUUAAAAAGUUUUCUAUUGUACCAAAGCCUAAAAGCUGCGAAAUUGUGUUCUUUGAAAGAAAAAACUGGAAACUAGUUUAGGCCUGUGAAGAUCGCUGCGGACCGAACCCAUGCUUCGAAGGACGUCCGUUCGUCGGCGCCGACGGCCGCGCCCAGACCUGCUCCGCCUCGGCCAACUUCAACACUUGUCCAGCCAACCACUGGUGCCACAUCGGAUCCGAUCUUUCGACCACCGUCUGCUGCCCUGGAGGUUCAGCCCAACUCUGAAAAUAUGAAAGAAAAUUCGAAAAUGUUUAAAACCGUCCCAAUUUCAAAAAGUAAGCAUUGGUGAGAAUAAAAAGUGUUCAGCCUCGACGAACAUCUGCAACCUGCCAAUGUCGACCGGCGAAGGAAACGCCAAACUCGAACGAUUCUACUUUGACCAGCAAACCAAGACUUGCCGCCCAUUCACCUACAAUGGUCUCAAGGGAAAUCAGAACAACUUUGUCUCUUUGGUAACGGCUUUCUCGAUUUCCUCUUGUACGGUAAGCGUUCCAGAGAGCUUGCCAAUUGUCGUGCCAGCCACUCGACAACCCUUGCAUCGGACAGCCAGCCACUACUGCCGCUGGACAGGUAUUCAGGAAAUGUUUACCGGGAACGAGUCUCGAUCCCAGGUCCUUUUCUGCUCGAUCACCAACAAAGACUCGUGUCCCGUCAACUUCUGGUGCCAUAUUGGAGCCACUCCUGAAACGACUGUCUGCUGUCCUGGAGGUUUGUCAAAAGUUGUACUUUAUGUUGAUGAAUAAGGAAGAGGGGAAGAAGAAAUUUGAAUAAAUUUCAGCAACCAACCCCUGCUCCGUUCCCCUGGCGCCAGGAACAGGAAAUGCUGGCCUUCCACGGUUCUACUACAACCCAGACGACCGAGUUAGUCUAAUUUUGUAUUUUCCACGAUAAGGCGGCAGUUGGGAGGGCCUGAAGUGUUGUAGGAGAAAAGUGAAAUGAUUUUUUUUUUGACUUUCUAGCGUUGAACUAGAUUUUUCUGCGCCUGAACCGGUACUAUUUUUUUCAAAAAAAAAGAAGAAACCAGUCGGGUCAUUCCAAGCCUGUCUGCCUGUCUAAAAGAUAAGUUAAUUUAUAACUCGAUUAUAGUUUUCAAAAUUUCAAUUCUAGCAAUGCCUGCCCUUCCAAUACAACGGCAAGAGAGGAAACCAGAACAAUUUCGAAACGAGCGCCGAAUGCGAGCGAACUUGCCCAGGUAACAGAGCGGUUCUGGAGAACGGAGGUUGACAAAAGAAAAAGAAUGAAAAAAUAGUGAUCGGCGCACGUUGCUUAAUUUGGUUAGAAAGAGAGAAACUAACACACUCAAAAUGCAUGCUUCCCCUGUACCUUGGUCGGAAAACCAAGUAUAGAGCUGUUGGGCCUUCGUGGCCUCUUUUUAGUGUUCAAAAAUCCGUGCUUGGGAGAAGUUCUGUUGACUUCGGACGGAGAUCCGAAACAGUGCAAUCCUCUGGCCAAGAAUGCCUGCGGAGCUCACGGAUUCUGCUUGGGCGGAGAUCCUCUCGUCAAGAACUCCAGCUACUGCUGUCCAAGGAUCAACCGUUAGUCGAUCUGCGGAUAGUUAUGACCUGUUCCGCCAUUCAGAAGAAGUUUGCAUCGCGUUUGUUGGCUCCGGCUCAGGACUGCUCAAUCUUACCCGGUUCUACUUCAAUCCGGUCGAAGGCGACUGUUUCCCCUUUGACUACCGUGGCGCGCAAGGCAAUGAGAACAACUUUCUGACCAAGAAGAUGUGUCAGGAGACUUGCAAGCCCUGUAAGAAACAAGUCAACUUCUUCUCUCAGAAAAGAACUUUAGUGACAAAUGCCUGUUUCGGUGGCGAGCCACCUCUCAGUCAGAACGGAAAAGUCGUCCAAUGUCAUGCUCAAGCCUGUCCGGAGACUCACUACUGUCAUCGCGGAGCCGAUGCGAGAUCCACUCUCUGUUGUCCCAGACGAGGUUCUCAUUCUUUUCCAACUCUGCCUGCAAGUAUAAGCCUUCAGGUUCUCCUUGUGACCAGCAACUGAUGACCGGCGUUGGAGAGCACAAUAUUCAUCGUUACUACUACGACAUUACGGAUGACAUGUGUUUGCCGUUCAAUUAUACCGGGAUAGCCGGAAAUGAGAACAACUUCCUGACCAAGGCUGAGUGUCAAAUCGCUUGUCCUGGUGGGUUUCUUGGCUAAAGAUAAAAAAUAACAUGAAAAAUAAAGAUGUCUCUAAAAAAAUAUUGAAGGUCUAGAAGUUUGAAUUUAGUUCAGCUGGAAAAUAAUUUUUCGUAAAAAAAACUCGUUUCAUUCAAUUAACAAAAACUCGCGUUUUUUUCAAUCAUGAAAAGUUACUGGUUCAAAACUCAAUUACAGUGAACUGAAAAUGUUUUUCUUUAAAUCCUAGCGAAACAAGACAUUCAAGGUUACCACGGCUACUGUCCUCAUGGCAAGCCUGACGUCACUGACCAUGCGGUGACGUCAUGCGGAAUCGACACGGGCUGUCCCCACGACCACGUCUGUCACGUCUCCAAGCGCGAUGCCAAAAGUGUCUGCUGUCCUGAUCCGGGUAUCCAAUAAAAUCUCGCAUUCACAAGUGCGCUCUAGUGAACACUAUCAGGAGAUCUGAUCAGCCAAAUAGAGAAAUGUUUUGAUAGAGCGUGCUUGUGUGUCCUUAGAAGCUAGAUUUGAAAGAUUUCUAGCUUCCUCCAACAAAUAUCUCGAAUUUGCAGCCAGCUUCUGUCUGAUGCGAGCCGAUCCAGGACCUUGUGGCAGAAAAAUAAAACGAUAUUCCUAUGACCGCCGUACCGGAACUUGCAAAAAGUUCAUGUAAGCCUAAAUUGUUUUUAAUGUUCCAAUUAAAAACGUUAACUUCAGAUUCGGCGGCUGUCAAGGAAAUCUGAAUAAUUUCGAGUCUCUCGAAAAAUGCACUGAAAUCUGUUGCGACAAGGGAUAUAUCUAA